UUAGUCACAGGAAUCUGUAAAUGUCAUUAUGAGUCUUUAUUUCUGUUAAUAUAAAAUAUAAGAUAUCUGUAACUAACUAUACUGUUAUCAAAGAAUUACAAGUGUUCGCAGACGUGAAGCUUCAGUUACAGAAUGCAUUGCUCAAACGUAACGGAAAGUAUUGAAAUGAAAAUGUGCCAUUUGUAAAUGAUUCUAAAUCUCCUCUCAAUUUUGCAUAAUUCAAUUUUCAUCGCUGCUAAAUAAAUUUCUCUUUGUGUAGGUAUCAUAAAAUUAUUUAUUGAUAAAUCAACAUGAAUGACUCAUUUUUGGAGGAUUUGGAUCUGAUUCCAAAGAGUUCUAAUACACCAACUAAUCAAAGUACUCAGCAAUUUAGUAAUCGAUAUAUUACAACAAGAAAAGCAUUGUCUCCAUCAAGAAAUGUUUCCAUGAAAAAUGAAUGUGAUAAUCAAGGAACAAAGCAUGACAAAAUCAUUUCUUCAUCUUCUUCCAAUGUACCUAAACUUCAAGUGAGUCGACGUAGUGGCAGUCAAGAACCUCGAAGAUCAUCCGGGCAAGAAGCUAAGCCAUUGAGUUCUACUCCAAAGUCUGAGAAAAAGAAUUCUGGGAAUGAAAAGCUUAUGAGACCAAUAGAGAAUCAAACAAAACCAGACCAGAAAGCAAUAUCAAAAGUACAAGAUAACAAAACUACAAAAGAUCGUAAAUGCUCAGGUAGUUCAGGAGGUUCUGGUAAAUACUUGGAUAGUAAAGAAAAUAUUAGACCAUCGAUAGAUUCUUGUUCAUCAAAAGAAAAUGGUUCACAUGCUGACUUAAAGAAAGAUUCUAAUCACAGAAUCUCAGAUGGGCAUGUAAAGAAAUCUGACAUUUUAGAGAAAGCUGAUCCAGUGAUGUUUCUCAGUGCUGUUAAGGAUCUUGUAAGUAGAUACACUGAGCAAGAAACUGUAAAAGUUUUAAGAGCAAUGCAAAAUUUACACAUCAACUCUCAAGCAAAUUUAAUCAAACACUUGAUGAUGCAAACAAAUGAUUUAGUUAGAGAAUUAAAUUUGCACAAAAAUUUUGAUAACAUUAAAGCUUUAGUUGAAGAAAAUGAAAGAAUGAGAGAAGAUAUUUCUAUUUUACGUGCUAGAAAUGAAGUCUUACAGAAAAAGAUUGAAGAGACGGCUUUGAUUAGAGAAGAAAAUAUAUCAUUGAAAUUAAAAUUAAAAGAAUUGCAGCAGUAAAUUGUUACA